CCCAGGCCCCGGAUGUAAGUGACGUCACUGUGAGCCAUCUUUUGUCAGAGGCUGGAGAAGAAGGAGCCGCAGCAGCACCAGAGACUGAACAGCACCCUGCAAAGAUGUCUGCCCCAGCUGCCGGCCCUCCCGCUGCUACUGGAGAAGGAGGAGGACCCCCAGCUCCCCCCAACCUCACCAGCAACAGAAGGCUUCAGCAAACCCAGGCACAGGUCGAUGAGGUUGUGGAUAUAAUGCGCGUCAACGUAGACAAGGUGUUGGAAAGAGAUCAGAAGCUGUCCGAAUUGGAUGACCGUGCGGACGCUCUGCAGGCCGGAGCCUCGCAGUUUGAAACCAGCGCGGCCAAACUCAAACGCAAGUACUGGUGGAAGAACCUCAAGAUGAUGAUCAUCAUGGGAGUGAUAUGCGCCAUCAUCCUCAUCAUAAUUAUUGUUUAUUUCAGCACCUAAGGACAGAGACACACUAUCUCCCCGUCUCUCUGUCUCUUUUUCUCCCCUUCGCCGGAUCUGUCAUCUACCCCAGCUGGGACCAGACAAAAAAAACUUCUACAUAAAACUCCCCCCUCCUGCCUCUCCCCCCUCCCCUUUCUGACAUAGGGAAGUGGGGACCCCUGCCCCCAUUAAUUGUGCAAAAGCUCUCUCCCUCCUUACUCUCCCCUGUAAAUACCCAUUGACUGAAGGACCCUCUAACUUAUAUACACACACACACAUAUAUAUAUAAUAUUUAAUUUGUCCGUGUGCAGGUUUUUUUGUUCCCCUUGUUUCCCGUGAAACUGUGUGUCCGUGCUGUUUAUAAACCCCCCGAGGGGGGAGGGAGGGGCAAUUUCUUCCCAGAACUGGUCUCUAUUCACCCCCUACUGAAACAAGUCCGUUUUUUUUUUCUGUUUUGCGUUUUUUAAUUAAUUUUUGUCAAUUCAGCAAGAGUGGCAGUUGAGGAUUUAAUGGAGGAGGAUGGUGUGUGUGCGUGUGUACAGUAUGUAUGUGUGUAAAAAAAAAAAAAAAAAGAUAUAUA